UCAGACCCGAGGACAUCAAGGAAGAACAAGGAAGAACAAAAAAGAACAAGGAAAAACAAGGAAUUGGAAUACCCGAAGCCCGAAGUUUCCUGAAAAGGAUGGAAGGCGCUCGAUCAUUCGGGAACUUUCGACAAAUAUAUGACUAUUGCGUGUUCAGUCAAAGCGUCCGAAGGCCACGUAUUAUCACAAUAGUUAUGUGGCCUGUGUAAGCCUGUGUACCGCAGUACAUAAAUGGACGUCAACACCAUCGGUUAUCUUCUAGUUUUCCACAUAUCCCCAGCUCAAUCGAUAGCUACUUUCGGUUAUCUCCAUCAUCGACGUUCACCUCGAUUCUACCUUCAAUUAUGUCUUCUGUAUUUGUGAACACUCAAGCAACUGCUCCCUCUGCCUUGUAUGUUCCCGUACACAAACGGACUGCAAGUCGCGAGGGUGCUUCUAGUAGGGACUCGCUGUCCGCGAGAUCCACUACUCCCACUAGUGAACAUGAUUCAAAGACCUUAUCAAUCCCCAUCUACUCGAUUCAGGAUCUGCUGCUGCUGUCGAAUUCGCUUCUGGCUACGCUCUCUUCUGAGCAGCACGAUCACUUGAAGGACCAUGCUCCCGAAAUCCUUCCCAGCCGUAGACAGAGAAAAACUAUCGAGCACCAGCGACACCACAAAGGGCAUGCUCCUGGAGAGGUGCACCCGAAGGAGGACACUCGACAACCUUUGUCAUCCGUGCGGAACACCCAGCCGACAACGGUACAAAGGCGCACACUUCGUCAAGGGAGACUUCCGGAAAGACGGAGAUACGGGAAGAGGAUAGACGAAUUAAGCUGGAGAGUUCCGAGGACGCGGACAAUUUCUGCUACAGGUUUCCCUUUGCCACUUGCACCCACUGCGGUUGCAUAAUGGUGUCGGCAGGCAAACAAAAGACAGAGGUGUAGAAUAUAUUAACGAUUUCGGACGGAGGAUUACCAUUAUUUCUGCAAG